AUGCGGGCGCUACUACUUCUGGCUAUAAUUUCAUUGAGCAGUGCCUACGUCAGUCCGCACUGGUAUACGCAAUGCUUCAGGAGGAACCUACGUGUCGGCGACGUGAUCAGGGUCAAGGGGUCGAUCAUUUCCGGAGCAACCCGUUGGACAUGCAACAUCGCGAUGAGUGAGAUGAACAACAUCAUCCUUCAUGCAGAUCACAGAAUUCGUCCAACGCGCGUCGAGGGGGCUCGCGGAACCUACGUGAAUAUUCGACCCGGAAUGGGUGGCUGGACGACGUUUGCCGGGACAACUUACAAUCGUGGAAAGCACAUUCCGCUCUCUGUCGUCCGGCAGAUUGAUUGUAACGGCGAUCUCAUGGAUGUCACUUUCCACGGGGACAUGAUGAGGGAUAAGGUAUUGCCGGUGAAGAGUCGCGGUGACUGUAUGAUGUUUCCACCAUCACCUCCUCCCCGCUCCCGCUCGAGGGAACACCCCCAUCACAGCCACAGCCAUGGCUGGAGCCACAGCCAUAGUCACAGCGACAGCGGGAGUCACGACAGAGGUUUCGAUGACUUCAACAUCGAACUUCCGCGGUUUGGACACGAC